CUUAGAACCACGCUUCACAGGAAGAAACCCGAGCUGCUCCCGUGGCCCAGGAAAGGGAAGAUUCUACUGGGCCAGGCUCUCACCCUCAUCGCUCGGGAUAAAGCGGUUGCCAUGGACUCCACGGCAGUGACUCGCACUGCCCGCAGGUGGCACUGGCAGCGAUGAGGGGCAGUGUUGUCUGUCACAACUGGGAAGCGGGUAGAGUGAGUAGACGCCAGGGAUGCUGCUAACAGGCCUGCCAUGCACAGGCCAGCGCCCCCACAAAGAAUCACCCCGCCCCAGAUGUCCAGGUGCUGAGGACUCACAGAAGCCCUCAGCACCCAGCUAUGGGCCGAAGACACCGUUAGGCAAGAAGGGGAAGGUGGCCCUGGCGUGGCCUCCGCUGUCCCGCUCAUGGAAGAAGGACCAUGAGCAGGCUCUGGCCGCAGCUUACAUGCCGGUGGUGGUGGACCUCAGGGGCCAGAACAAGGACAAGCUCACCUUCAAUUUCUACACCUCCCAGUACCCCAACACCUUGAGCCCCUUCCGCACCAUGCAGAAGCCGACGUGUGGCUACCUGUACCGCCGGGACACGGACCAUACCCGCAAGCGCUUAGACAUGCCUCCCGCUAACGCGAUUUUGUGGCGUUCCUAGCCCUGUGCCAGCCAGAGGCCCCCGCCCGCCCCCUUGCCCAGGAUCCCCGGUCCUGGAGGCGAGAGGCUGCGCACCCCAGCGGCGGUGGACCGUGCCGGGGCUGGGAUGGCUGUGCCGUGCCCAUGACAGCUGUGCCAUGCCCCUGUCAGCACUGGUAAAGGGAGGUCUCUCUCCUUGGCAGCAAUUAAAGUUUGUUCUUCCUUUC